UUACUGUCAUAACUGACUGCACUGAAAUCUUCCAACGCGACACAGAAUUACAGAACAAGCAGGAAAUACUAGAUAUGAACCUGUGUGGUGUCCUUUAAGCUCCGAUAGGACUGACAUGUGAUUGGAUUGUGUAUAAAAGAGGGGAAGUGUGCAAAAAGAAUUACCAAGAGCAAACUGCUUUAUAUUCUGGCAGAAAAUAAACUUUUUUUUCAACUAUGGGUCUUCUUCUGAGCACCCUCCACCGAGCCCUACUGAAGUUCACUGGAUACCAAGCACGGAUCCUGAUGUGUGGUCUGGAUGCUGCCGGGAAGACAACUAUCCUGUACAAGCUAACGAUGCACGAGACAGUCACUACAAUCCCCACCAUUGGGUUCAAUGUAGAGACUGUGGAACCAGUCGGUAACGUCAUCUUCACUUUGUAUGAUUUGGGAGGUGGAGACAAGAUCAAAGACCUUUGGCAUGUAUACUGCAAUAAUAAUACAGAUGGCGUUAUCUUUGUGGUGGACAGUUCUGAGCCAGAAAGAUUUCCUGAAAUCAGGACAAGGCUGAACGCCAUGCUACCUGAGAGCCUGAGAGGAGUCCCCUUUAUGGUGCUGGCCAAUAAGCAAGAUGUCCCCGGUGCCAGGAGACCAAGAGAACUUGCAGAGGAAUUGGGUCUGGUUGACAUAAAGAGAGACCUAUGGCAUAUCCAAGGCUGUUGUGCAACAACCGGGGAAGGUCUUGUUGAGGGGAUGGAGAUCCUUGCUGAAUUAGUGAAACAAUUUAAGAACAACAAGAAGUUCUCUCACUAGCAAACGUCUCUCCACAAGACAGAAAGUCGUCCAAACCAGAGAAAUGCUAAUGGUGGAUUUGGGAUGAUCAUUUUGUUUUAUUAAAAACUAUCAGUA